UGACGCGGAGGUAGCUGGCUGGGGAAGGCACCAGAUGCCAGCCCUGCUGCGGGUUGAGAGACAGAGGCGCGCGGCCACCCGGAAGCCCGGGUGGCGGCGGGCACAGGAGCCCAGCCCUCCUGGACUGGAGUCCGGCCAUGGGCGGGGCAAGAGGCGGGGCCUGCGGCCGCGGGAAUCCCAAACCCUCCCCUUUCUCCACCCUUUGCUUGUCGCCAUGGCCCCCGCUCUGCUCCUGGUCUCUGCUGCCCUCGCCUCUUUCAUCCUGGCCUUUGGCACCGGGGUGGAGUUCGUGCGCUUUACUUCCCUUCGGCCACUUCUUGGAGGGAUCCCGGAGUCUGCUGGUCCGGAUGCCCACCAGGGAUGGCUGGCUGCCCUACAGGACCAAAGUAUCCUUGUUCCCCUGGCUUGGGAUCUGGGGCUCCUGCUAUUAUUUGUAGGGCAGCACAGCCUCAUGGCAACUGAGACGGUGAAGGCAUGGAUGUCCCGGUACUUUGGGGUCCUUCAGAGGUCACUGUAUGUGGCAUGUACUGCCCUGACCUUGCAGCUGGUGAUGCGGUCCUGGGAGCCCAUAUCCAGAGGCCCUGUAUUGUGGGCAGCUCAGGCAGAGCCAUGGGCCACCUGGGUGCCACUCCUCUGCUUUGUGCUCCAUGUCAUUUCCUGGCUCCUCAUCUUCAGCAUUCUUCUCGUCUUUGACUACGCCGAGCUCAUGGGCCUUAAACAGGUGAGUCCCAGAUCCUCACCUGAUGCUUUCCAGAACACUGCUUUCCCUUCCAUGGAUUUCCCUCCACCUCCCCCCAUGGUCUUCACCUUCCUUGCUUUUGACUCCCUUACUUCCCUCCCUCUCUCGUAAGACAGUCUUCCUUCAGCCCUUCCUCAAAGGCUAGAAACCAUGGGCUUCCUGGCCUCUGGAGAAGGACCAGAGAUGAAGGUCAGGAGCCAAAUCUCACAGGGUGGUUCUUGGGCCUGAGUUACAGAAGAAAGUUUCCUGGAAGAGAGGAAAAGGGUGGCUAA